AUGAAUCGUCGGAAUGUGUUGUUGCUGACAUGCCUAGUCCUGUGCUGCUCCCUGCUUAACUCGGCCUCCAUUCGACGAGCACCAGAAGUGACGCUGAGACAGGGGAAACUGACCGGAUUCCAAUUCAAGCUCCCCGAUACAAGUGGCCGGAUCUCCAACAUCUUCUUGGGCGUCCCCUUCGCCCAACCACCAACCGAAGCCAGAAGAUUUGAGAAGCCAGUGCCAGUGCAAGCCUCGGAAGAGACGUUGGAAGCGACCAAAUGGGCUCCAGGAUGUGCUAGCUUCGCCCCGAUCAUGAACUCGAGCAUCACCGACUUCCCGAUCAAGGCGCCGAUGACCAGCGAGGACUGUCUCUAUUUGAAUGUAAUGACUCCAUCCGAGAAGUCGCCUUUCCCCGGAGGCUUCCCGGUCCUCGUUUUCAUCCAUGGCGGUGGAUUCGCCGGAGGCAACGCCGAGAUCUACGGAUUCCAGGAGUUGGCCAAUGAAUUCAACGGCCUUGGCGUGGUCGUUGUCACCAUUCAAUACCGUUUGGGAGUGUUCGGCUUCAUGAGCACUGGAGACGAAGCCAUGCCCGGCAAUCUCGGUCUCUGGGACCAGACCAUGGCCCUUCAAUGGAUCCAGGAGAACAUCAAGGCGUUCGGAGGCAACCCCAACCAGGUCACCGUGAUGGGACAGAACGCCGGCUCCGCUUCUGUGGGCGCCCUCUCCCUGUCCAAACACUCUCGCGACCUUUUCCAACAGGCCAUCCAGAUGAGUGGAUCUAUUUUGUCCGGCUGGGCGUUGUCUGAUCGUGUUGUGGAUGAGUCCAAGAAAGUGAUCGAGGCUACUGGAUGUCAAGGAGAAUCUGCGGAGAUCAAGGAAUGCCUGAAGAAGAUGGAUUUGAACAAAUUGAUCCAAUCCGCCCAGGCUGUUGGCUGGAGAAGGGACGAAGUGAACUUUGCCAAAUUCCAGCCUCGAAUGGACGGUGAUUUCUUCCAUGCUGACAUCGAUACCAUGCUACAUGACGCCCCCAAGAAGCCAACCAUCCAAGGAAUCAACAGCCAGGAAUCCAUGAUCAUGAGUAAGUUCAGUUUUAAGCACUUUUCCAAUCAAAAAUUAAAUUUCAUUUUUUUCCCGACAAAUUUGGCAUUCUGUUUAAAGACCCAAAAUUUGAUGAGAAAUGGCAAAAUUAAGUGGCCAUGGAAUAACUAGACUAAUUAAUUUUAAAAUUUCAGCCCUUCCCUUCCCCGGAGCCCCCAGACAAUCCAAAUUCGUGAUCCCCAUGGACAAGAUCAACAGUUUCGGUCGCCAGGACCUGAUCAACUUCAUUGAGACCUACAUCGCGACCCCAGAACGUUUCGGAGAGAAGGUCGGCGAGGCCCGCAAACAACUCAUCGCCUUCUACGUGGACAGAAAUGCCACCGAAGCGAUGGCCGUGGAUCCCCACUUCUUCUUGACCCGCUACACCCAGCUCUUGUCCGAUUCCCAGUUCGCGAUGCCCGUUCUGAAGGAGGUGCGCAAGAAGAGCGAGGAGGGAUGGCCCGUCUUCCUGUACUUGCUGAACUGGCUCAGCCCCAAGGCCAACUUGCCAGUGCUCGGAACAUACCAGACCUACGAAUUCCCCUACAUCUUCGGCCUUUCGAUCACCGGACCCUUCGAAUUCCAGCCCGAGGACAGAAAAUUGCAGAGUGUCAUCAUCUCGGCUCUGGUCAACUUCUGCCAUAUUGGGUAAGCAAAACUUUUAAAAGUCUUAAAAGUAAUUUAACCUUGCUGAAUUUGCAUAGUACUCUAGAAACUGGAAAUUGUAAUCCAAUUAGUUCGUUACAAUCCAAACUUUUUUGGGGUCUAAAACCUCUCGAAAGUGGGGUCAAUUGCACGUAAAGAGGGAAUUGAAUCGUGUCACAAAACAUCACAAUUACCCCGAAACUCCGUGAAUUAAAGCGCGGGGAAGCGAACUUUUACAAAUUGCUUAAGGCAUUCCUCAAGUUUAAUCACUGUAAGCACAGACUAUGGUAGAUUGAGAUCUCUACUGUUUGCAGAACACAAAUCUUUAGUGUUCUAGCAGAUCAUAAUACCAAAAAUGAUGAGUUAUAUUCUCCUUCUUUACUAAUGCCGACCUUUUCAGAAACCCCUCAUCACCUCUUGGCCCUUGGCCAUACGUGACCGAAGAGCAUCCUCUCGGCUUCUUCGACAUGCGCCCUAACCCCGUGUUGAGGGACAACCUGAUGCUGGACAGGAUGAUGUUCUGGCAGUCGAUGGGAAAACAGUUCGACUUCGACCUGAUCAAGGACGUCGACCAGAGAACGGGGCAUCCCCUCAAGGCCUAA